AAGUAUGUCACCGUUUAGGAUUACUUUGCCGCCGGUGCCAGGAAUUAGAGCGGCGACGGAGGGGGUGCCAGCCGGAGGUCAGUUCGUGCCAGGCUGGCACCAAGAGCGGAUUGGAACCAAGUGUGGCCAAAUUUGCGUGGGGGAAAAUUGUGUUUGGUAUAAUUAGUGUGAUCCUUGUCUCUUCGCUUAAUGGAGUAUAUUGGAUCUUAUAUGCAGUAUGCGUUGUAAGCUGUUUAGUGUUGGGUUGAGUCAGAGCAAGAGAGUGGGUGCGUCGGUACGAAGCACACAAGCGCGACAAAGCUUUAGAUGGGUUCGAUUGUGACUCAACAAUCUUCAGCGGUUGAUAGAAAGGCAUUAUCUAGCGUCGCCCAAGUGAACCCUUGCUAGUUCUAGAGUGCGAGUCCUAGGGUGCAGGUGUUGGCUGGCAGAAGUAGUGACAGAGCGCCUGGCGACGACCACCCAUCUGGCGGUGUCGUCGUGCCAGCUACGGAGCCCUAGCGUGCCAGGGCCGUGUUGCCCGUAGACACAGCCGCAGAGAGGCCUCGGAAACAGGACGCUCCGCCCCGGAUAACUCUCGCACGCCCCUCUUGCCUCCGCAGCACUUGGGGCCUCCCACCGGCCGCCCUCUUACAGGUGUCAUGUGACUCAGUGGUGCCGUCGUUCACGUGGGUCGCCAGGUACGCAGUCAGUGCGAGGAACGGAAUUAAUAAGGAGCGACCGCCGCUAAUUCGGCAUGAGCUACGCGGUCGCCAAGAGUCGCGCGCGCAGGCCUCUGACUGAUGCCCCGGAGCACCACGAGCGAGCGUCUUCGCCCCUCCAAGAUGCCACCCCGCGCCGCAACUGCCAAGAAGUGGAGUCGGAGGGAGAAAUUCCUUUCAUAGACGAUGAUGAUGACGAUGGUGGUGCUUGUGAUGGUGGUGUAUGCAGUGAUAAGGAACAAGGGAUGGAUGGGACACGUGAUGGGGAGGUUGGCGUUACCCUCAGGAACAAAGUGAUGAGCAGCUCGAAGCAGAAGCGGCGGGCCGAGUUCAUCCUCUCUGCUCCUCCCAGUCCUUCGUCCCCUCUGCUGUGCCCGUUCGCCUUCUCGCCCUCUGUCACAGGACCCGCCGCCGCUCCUCGCGUCUGCACUUCGCCAGCCCAGAUGUGCGGCGCCACGUCGGCCUCGUCCAGCAACUCCACCUCAACGCCCGCCUCGACCUCUGCCUCCUCCUCCUCCAUCGCCGGCAGGUUGGUGUCUGCCAGAGCCAAGGCGGAGGCCAAGGAGCUGGUCAUCUUCAGGAGGAAGCGAGGAAGGCGGUUGAGGGACGGCAGCCACGCCAACAGGUGUGGGUGGGUGGCCGGAGACGCGGCCAUUGAAGAGGAGACGAAGGCGGUGCCAGCGGCGUCGGAGGAAGAGGACGAGGGAGCGGCCUCGCGCGGACGAUCCACGACUAGUUCUACAAGCACAGCAAGUAGCACAAAUAAUAUCAAAAGUACCACAAGCACCGAUGGUACCGUAGACACUGCAUGUGCCACAAGUACCAGAAGGACCUCAAGCACCGGAGAUACCGCAGCAUCCCGAGUACCGCAAGCAUAAAUAACAUAAGUACAACGAGCACCACGAGUACCACAAGUACCACCUCGAACGGCACUGUUCCUUACGACGACGAGGACGAUAUUAUUAUCAGUCUCAUCCGAAAAAUACUGACGGAGACGCCCGAAGCGGACACCGAAGCCAUCAUGGAGCACCGCGGCACCAAGGCCCUGGAGGUGUGGGCCAGGAGGGCCACCGAUGGCUACCAGGGGGUCAGCAUCACCAACAUGUCGACCGCCUGGCGCAACGGCCUCGCCUUCUGCGCUCUCAUUCACCGCUUCAGGCCGGACCUCAUUGACUUUGCAUCCUUGAAGCCAGAAAACAUCUUGGAGAACAAUGCUCUGGCCUUUCGUGUGGCUGAGCAGCACCUGGGCAUCCCUGCACUCCUCGAUGCAGAAGACAUGGUGGAGAACGAUGUGCCUGACCGGCUGUCUGUGCUCACCUACGUGUCGCAGUUCUACCAGGCCUUCCACAGCAUGGGCCUGACUAGUCCAAAACGGAUUGUGAACACGUCCGCAUCAACACAGUCUCCCUUACCUGGGGUUAACAAGAGCAAACCCCUCCCCACUCCACAGCCCAAGACAAAGACAGAGAUCAAGACAGAUAAGGUGUUGACAGGUGGACGAGGACGUCGUGAAGUGUGCGUAGGAUGUAACAACCCGGUAUAUCUAGCUGAGCGCCUUUUAGUGGGUUCUCCAGGUCAGCUGAUGCAUAGAACAUGUUUCCGUUGUGCCCGAUGCUCAACUCAGCUGACACUUGCCAGUUACUAUGAGACCGAAAAGAGUCAGUUUUGUUGUGAAACAUGCCCAGAUGAAGAACGCCCUGUUAUACCAGAUGUUGAUUCUACUAGCAUAGCCAGCAGUGCCUCGACUAAGCUUGCCCGCCAGUCAUCUGCCUCAGAUUCAGAAUCGGACUCUGACAGCGAGGACUCUGAUGAAGAAAGUGACAGUUACAGUAAUGAUGCAGAUAAUAUGUUAGAAGACGUAUCCCACAUUAGCAGCACACAAAACGAAAUUUCUUCUAGACUGCCCAAACCCAGGACUGUAUUUUUAACAAAGACUUUAGAAUAUGAAGACUCAAAGGACGAACCAGAGGAGCCCAAGGAAGACAACACUCAUCUCAGUAGAGCAAGCAACUUUUCCCAAGUCUCCCCUGCACUGUUUGGAUCAAAGGUUAAGGACUCCGGAGUCGAGGGCAAGAGAGACUCCCGUCCAGACCAUUGUGAUAAUGCCAAAGUUCUGAAAACAGACCCACCUGAAAGACUAACCCUUGACACAGGGCAAGGUGAUAGGGUUUCGAGUAUUUCCAAUGGCAAAGGGAAGGGUUCCUCUUCCAUUGUUGCUGAACGCUUAAAAUUAUUCAGAGAAAUUGGUAAUAAAACUACAAAUGCAGAUAGAGCAAAAAGCGGUAUAGUUUUAAGUUCAAAAGUUAUUUCAGAAAAGAAAGAAAAUGUUCAGAUUAAAGAAAAGGAGAGUGUUUCAAAACAAGAAGAGACACUUGAUAUCGAUGAGAGAGAUAAAGAUGAAGAUACAAAAGAUAUAUCGAAUGGUAAGGAUGUACAGGUUGAUAAAUUUAUUUCGGACUACUUACAAAAAGAUGAAAUUGAAGAUAUGGAGGUUGACUCAAAAACAGAUUCUGAAAAAACAAAAGAAAAUGAUACACCAUCUAUUGUUAUUCCAUCUAUUACAAUGACUGCAGAAAGCACAGAUGAGAAACUUUCACAAGAUGAUGAUGCUAAGCAAGAUGAAGCUAGACAACUGGCUGAAGAAGAACAAAGCCCAAAACCUUCCCACAGCACAAAUGCUCAGGUCAAGGAAUUUAAUCCAUUUGAAGACGAAGACGAAUCUCAGCAGGAUGAGAGUGGUGUCAUGGUGAACCAGUCUCAUUGUAGUCCUGCCACUGACAAAAAUGAUGCCACUUUGGCCUCUCAUGACAGUGGGGCUGAUGUCUCUUCUGCUUCUGCGCAAUCCGUCCACUACCCGAACGAUCUCAAUCCCUUUGGAAGUGAUGAAGAGGAAGAGGAGGAGAAGGAGUCUGAACCAGCACAAGUAGAAGAAUGUGAGAAACAGACCAAGAAGCUCAUCAAGGUGAAUCUUAAUCCAUUUGGAAGCGAUGAAGAAGAUCUGUCUGAAGAUGAGAGCAAGGCAGUUGAAGAGAAAGAGAAGACUUUGAAGAAUCUGAAUCCCUUCUGGAGUGAUGAGGAUGAGGAUGAGGAUGAGAAGGAUAAGGUCAGCAGUUCAAGUUCAACACCAACUAAAAAUAAGGUCAAGCCCCCAAGGCCACCACCUCCAACACUGGCCAGAAAUAGUACUCCAUCCCAAAUGUAUGGCACCCUUAGUGCAAAGAGUAGUCCAUCUUCAGUGGGUGGCACUACCCCAGGCAAGAAAAUCAUUGCCCCUCCGCCCCCAAGCGCAAGAGAACUCUUCCCGCAAGAGCAAGAUGUGCCAGUGCAUGGUCCUCCCAAGCCCCCAAGGUCCCCGGCUCUGACCAAGGUGCAUCCCCAUCCCUCCCCUUCCUCUCCUGGCGGCUCUGUGGCUCUCAAGAGGAAGGAUCGAAGGGCGCCUGCCCCACCUCAAGCUGCCACCCCAAGAAGUGGCAGGACCUCCCCAACAGAUACCAUUAACAGCGACUCUUUAUCUGUAUCUAGCUUUGGGGCUCAAAGCCAGACGGUGCAAGGGCAGGAGGACCAGGAUGAAGUGCUGAGCUGGAAAAUGCAGAAGGAUCUGAAGAACCACUCGAACAAGAUGAAUGGCACAGCAGACCAGCUUGCUCCCCCCAAGCCAGCCCGAGCUCCGCAAGUUGUCAAGAACUUGGGUGGUGUUGGAGGUCUGGCCAGGAAUCCCUCAAUGAGCAAGAGUGAAGCUGGGGAGUGGCAGCGCAAAAAGGGGCCGGCUCCACCACGCCCUGUCCCCCAGAAGCGUGCCCUCAAGAAGAUGCCCAUGCGGCUGGUUCAGCAAGAACUCCAAGAUAUUGAAAUCAAGCAGACAGAGUUGGAGCGUCAAGGUGUCCUGCUUGAGACUGCCAUCCGCAAGAGGACGGAGAGCACCUCCAAUAACCCACAGGAUGAGGUGGCCAAUGCACCCAACAGUGGGCCUAACAGCAUAGAGGUGGAAGACAUGAUACUUCAGCUCUUUGAAUUGGUCAAUGAGAAGAAUGAGCUAUUUCGCCGUCAGACUGAACUUAUGUACCUUAAACGUGAGAAACGUCUUGAGGAGGAGUAUGUAGAGCUGGAGUAUCAAAUUCGUUGUCUAAUGCUGAAGCCACCUGGGGAGAAAUCAUCUGAAGAUACUGCUCAAGAAGAGGACUUGAUUGCCCGCUUGGUGAAGGUAGUGGAACAACGUGAUGAAAUCAUCAAUUGCCUUGAGUUGGAUAGAUUACGGGAAGCUCAGGAGGACGAAAGCAUUGCUACACAUAUGAUGCAAUACCAAGAAAAACAUAUUGAUGGAAAUGAAAAUGGUAACAGCGUGGUAGAGCCUCCAAAGAAGAAGAAAACUCUGAAACUGCCCAAGAAAAAGAAAAAGAAGAAGGAAAAGAAGGAUAAAAAAGGAGCAAAGGGUGAUGCAGAUAAGGACAUAGAUGAGAUGGAAGCAAAAGAACAGAAGAAAAAGAAGAAGAAGAAGAAGUGGUUAUUUUGAUUUUUAAUAGUUCUAACUAGUAUUCCAGUUGAUUAAUCCUGAGACUAAUUCAUUGCCUGUGAAAGUAAAAAAAAAGGAUGGAGUAUAAUUGUGUGGUUGAAGUGGAAGUAGCUAGUGGACUGUGCUGAGCUAGUAAUAAUUGGAAUAUUUAUUUUUAUUUGCAAAUGCUUCCAUGAUCAUUGCUUUAUUAUUUCUACAACUCUGAUAACACCACAUAAUAUCCCGUAUGUAUUUAUUCUUUAUUUUGAUUAAUUUAGAAAAUAUAUUUCCUGAGCAGGUUGUCAUUCCAUAAGCUGUGCAAUGUACAAAGUAGCUCAUGCAGUUAUGCUAGACCUGGCACAUUAGCUUCCAGUCAAGCCAACGUACAGUAGUCUGAUCUUGUAAAGUCUCUGAUAUCCAUGAUUUCCUUGUAGGUAAAUUUAUCUGUGCUUUCCUGUCACCAGUGGUUAGAAUUUGCAUUUAGAAUCAGAUGGAUGGGAAAUGAAUAGUCUUUCACAGCAUUACACAAGUAAUUUGUUAUUAUUAUUUUGUGCAUAAUAGUAGAUGGGAUUAGUAUCAUUUUCAUUUGAUUUGUAUUAUUUUUUUCUGUAGCUUGUACUUUAUAUAGAGAUUAUUUAUUUGUAAAGGUAAAGAUAGUACAGUUUAUGUAAAUAAGCAUUUAAAGCACAGCUAAAAGAAUAUACUAAUUUCUCUUUAACACAAAGAUUAGCCAUUUUUGCUAGUACUGUAUCAUCCCUGAAGUGUAGAAGGUGCUGUCAAAUCACACAUAAAACAUGUUACAUUGAUCUGUAAUCAAGAAUGAUAGGAGCAAGUAAAGCAGCUUGAUUUUUGUAUUAACAGAAAUGCAAGGCUAAGAACUAACUGUGCAUGGCUCAAAAAACGUUAUGAAUCAUAAUCAUAUAUUAUAUAUGUUGAACUUUUUUUGAUGUUCCUUGGUGAAUGGUGCAAACUUGUACAUCCUGAUGAAAAGUUAUUGGUUGUGGACAAACUUUAAUGUGUUGCUUUUGUAGCAGUUGAUGUGGAUGGGUGCUUUUAGUUUAAUGGUAUUGCCAUGAUUUGUUUCAGAAUGCUUUAUCUGUUUUCAGUAGGAAAUGUGCCAAUAUACUCUAUCUGACAAAGAAUUUCAAAAUUAAUAUACCUGGAAAAUAAAUCUGUUGUUGGCUGCUAUUUUUCUAAUUAUUUACUGCUUUGGAAUUUCUUAAUUUUCUAUAUAAAAAACUUUUAAAAAAAGUUUACAAGGUCAAACAAAAAUGUGAAACUUUGGAAAAAGUAAAUUAUUAAUUGUAACACAUUUUAUUUUUAUAUAUAUAUUAGGUUUCAGAUGUCUAUAAAACAAACAAAAAAAAAACUUGUUACUUUUCCUCUGUGAAGCCUUGCCCUGUGGUCACUCAUUCCAUAACAUAUCUUUCAUGUUAAUAUGUUGUCUUAUGUGUAGAUGUAAGAUUGAUUUUUUUUUAUGUAAAUUUCUUCCCAUUUUAAUCAAGUGGAUAUGCAUUUUAUAUGAGUUUACUUCAAUAGUUUUUUGUGUUUCUGUUAUAAGUGAAAAUGCAUUUGGAUUUGAUUUACAUUAUUAUUAUUUUUUUUUUCCAUGAAGUGUCCUUGCAGUUACCUAACCAAGCCUUAAGGUCACAAUAUUCAAGGUGAAGGUAGCUUGCCAGGUGGUACUUGUUCCCUUACACAUGAAGUGCUGUUCUAGUUCAGUAAGGAAAUAUCGCUCAGAACCAAGUUAGAGUAGAAUAUAAAAUUAAUCGCCUUUUGUAUAAUUUUUUUCAAAAGAGUAUUCUACCUGGAGAAUUAUUAAAAUUUUUAUUUGAGUUUUCACAUCCAUUAAGAAUCUACAGUUUUUAUAUUACAUUUUUUAAAUUGUGUUUUUUUAGAUAAUAUCCUUGGUUGCAACAUAUAUGCAUUAGACUUGUUUUCCUAUCAACUACAGGGGAUGCUGUAUGUAUAAAGAUGUUUUUUUUAUAGCUACUGGUUUAAGUAAGUAAAUAAAAUAUAUAAUUUGGUACA